AUGGAGGAAAAGCCGUCAAAUUCAAAAACCAAAUUCCCAGAACCACCGCAAACGGAUUUAUUCAAUUCAUUAGUUGGCUGUUGGGAAGAUGCCGUUGUCGAUAACAUGGACGAAGAAUAUGAUCGUCUCAUUCAACAUCUUCGCGUUAGCUCUGUGAAAGCUGACAGUUCGAAAGUCACCAAGAGACGUCUGUCUUCAGAAACUCUUGGGCUGAUACGCCAGCGUGGAUUCGCACGGGCUGCGAGUAACCGCGAACUAACGUCCAAACUUGCAAAAUAA